AUGUUCUGUCAACUUUCACACUGCUUCAUUUUGCUCUUUAAGUUGAGCACUCUCGAAGAUCCGUCGUGGGACAAGUCUCUGGUAAGGCAGACAGUAGAUGUAGUAGAGCUUCUAGAGAAAUUUGCUGCCGUCAUGGGUGAAACGCCAGCCGCCGCAGGGUUUUUGGGUGAUCCUGAAGUCAUCGGGGACCAGAAUAUUUUCUUCAAGUCUAGCAGGAUCAUGCGGGCCCUGGCCACAAACUGGCGGAAGGAUCUGGACGGCGAACAGACUAAACCGGUGACGGACGGACUGGGUAUGCCGAACGAACAGCAGACCCCAUUUGUCAGCGGUGAGAUCGACGAGUACUUCAUGAUGAAUCUGGCGAACGACCAGUGGCUAUCUGACAUAUUCGUGUCAUUGAAUGGUUCUGCUUAA